AAUGAGUCCCCCCUGUCUCCUAUGCAAACUUCUGGGCCAUGAGCCGUUCCCUUAAAAGCACUGAGAGGGAGGCACCCCAACUUGGGUGCUGGACUGGAUUCUUAGAGGGGCUACCUGAAGCAGGACUUUUUCCUACAUUGAAGUCACCAACUGAGGACAGGAACAGGUCCCCCAUCUUUGGAAUAUCUUCCGGGUCUGACUGGCCUGUGUGUGCCUCCCAUGAACAGAGACGUCCCAGAGGUGUUCCUCACAGGUGGAGAGCCGGUACCCCAAGGCCACACUCGCCGCUGCCUGUCUGUGGUGGAGUCCAGAGAGCAGCUGGAGGAAGAGGAGGAGGAAGAGGGAAAAAAGGAGGGAGAUGGCUUCCAUGCUGUGCCCCUCCGAAGGUCGGGGGCUUUCCGUGCCCAUAGCCACAACUAUGACCCCUUCAAAAGACAUAGUUGGGGGCCAGGCAGGGAGCUCCAGGAUCCACUGAGCAGGAGCAAACUGCAGGCAUCGGGAUGCACGAGCCCCCAGGAGGCCCCCUUAUUGCAGAGCCAAGACGAACUGGACACCUUUCUGGAACUGCGGCACCAAGGUGGCCGAUCCUCCCACGUGGACAACUCAGACUUUCUAUUUCUUCUAGAUUCAGUUUUGGGUCAGGGUUCCUGUCAUCCAUCUGCUGGCCCUUUGGACCACCCAGCCACUGGCAUGCUUUCCAAGUCUGUAUCCAUGAGUGGCAUCAAUUGCUUCUUGGGCUGCUCAGAUCCAGCUGGGAAUUUAUCCCAGUCGUCUGCCGCUGACCUCAGCCAAAGCUGUAGCCAACUGGAAGGGGGCUCGGGAACCUGGGCAGGCUCCUCCCUGCGACGGACCCUCAGCUUCCUCUUGGGCAUGACCGGGAAGGCCAAGACCCGGGAAAAGGAGAAGAUGAAGGAAGCCAAGGAUGCCCGCUAUACCAAUGGGCACCUCUUCACCACCAUCUCCGUUUCGGGCAUGACCAUGUGCUAUGCCUGUAACAAGAGCAUCACAGCCAAGGAAGCCCUCAUCUGCCCAACCUGCAAUGUGACUAUCCACAACCGCUGUAAAGACACCCUCGCCAACUGUACCAAGGUCAAGCAGAAGCAACAGAAAGCUGCCCUGCUGAAGAACAACACUGCCUUGCAGUCUGUUUCACUUCGCAGUAAGACCACCACCCGGGAGCGGCCCAGCUCUGCCAUCUAUCCCUCCGACAGCUUCAGGCAGUCCCUGCUUGGCUCCCGCCGUGGCCGCUCCUCCUUGUCUUUAGCCAAGAGUGUUUCCACCACCAACAUUGCUGGACACUUCAAUGAUGAGUCUCCCCUGGGGCUGCGCCGGAUUCUGUCCCAGUCCACAGACUCCCUCAACAUGCGGAACCGAACCCUGUCGGUGGAGUCCCUCAUCGACGAAGGUGCAGAGGUCAUCUACAACGAACUGAUGAGUGACUUUGAGAUGGAUGAGAAGGACUUUGCAGCUGAUUCCUGGAGCCUUGCUGUGGACAGCAGCUUCUUGCAGCAGCAUAAAAAGGAAGUGAUGAAGCAGCAGGAUGUCAUCUACGAGCUAAUCCAGACGGAACUGCACCACGUGCGGACACUGAAGAUCAUGACCCGCCUCUUCCGCACGGGGAUGCUGGAAGAGCUACAGCUGGAGCCUGCAGUGGUCCAGGGCCUGUUCCCCUGCGUGGACGAGCUCAGUGACAUCCAUACACGAUUCCUCAGCCAACUGUUAGAACGCCGACGCCAGGCCCUGUGCCCUGGCAGCACCCGGAACUUUGUCAUCCAUCGUUUGGGUGACCUGCUCAUCAGCCAGUUCUCAGGUCCCAGCGCCGAGCAGAUGCGUAAGACCUACUCGGAGUUCUGUAGCCGCCACACCAAGGCCGUAAAGCUCUACAAGGAGCUGUACGCCCGAGACAAGCGCUUCCAGCAGUUCAUCCGGAAAGUGACCCGCUCGGCUGUGCUGAAGCGGCAUGGGGUCCAGGAGUGCAUCCUACUGGUGACUCAGCGCAUCACCAAGUACCCGGUGCUCAUCAACCGGAUCUUGCAGCAUUCCCACGGGAUGGAGGAGGAACGCCAGGACCUGACGACAGCACUGGGGCUAGUGAAGGAGUUGCUGUCCAAUGUGGACCAGGAUGUGCAUGAGCUGGAGAAAGGUGCCCGCCUGCAGGAGAUCUACAACCGCAUGGACCCUCGGGCCCAGACCCCAGUGCCUGGCAAGGGCCCUUUUGGCCGAGAGGAGCUUCUGCGGCGCAAGCUGAUCCAUGAUGGUUGCCUGCUCUGGAAGACGGCAACUGGGCGCUUCAAAGAUGUGCUGAUGCUGCUGAUGACAGAUGUGCUGGUGUUUCUCCAGGAAAAGGACCAGAAGUAUAUCUUCCCUACCCUGGACAAGCCCUCAGUGGUACCGCUGCAGAAUCUAAUCGUUCGGGACAUCGCCAACCAGGAGAAAGGGAUGUUUCUGAUCAGCUCGGGGCCCCCUGAGAUGUAUGAGGUCCACACGGCAUCCCGAGAUGACCGGAGCACCUGGAUCCGCGUCAUUCAGCAGAGCGUGCGAGUAUGCCCAUCCAGGGAUGACUUCCCCCUGAUUGAGACGGAGGAUGAGGCUUACCUGCGGCGAAUCAAGAUGGAGCUGCAACAGAAAGACCGGGCACUGGUGGAGCUGCUGCAAGAGAAGGUCGGGCUGUUCGCCGAGAUGACCCAUUUCCAGGUGGAAGAGGAUGGCGGCAGUGGGAUGCCCCUGCCCACCCUGCCCAGGGGCCUUUUCCGCUCUGAGUCCCUUGAGGCCCCUCGUGGCGAGCGGCUGCUGCAGGAUGCCAUCCGUGAGGUGGAGAGCUUGAAGGACCUGCUGGUGGGGCCUGGAGUAGAGCUGCUCUCAACAUCCCGAGAACCAGCCCUGCCAACGGAUCCAGACAGCGGCGGUAACACGAGUCCUGGGGUCACUGCCAAUGGUGAGGCCAGAACCUUCAAUGGCUCGAUUGAGCUCUGCAGGGCUGACUCAGACUCCAGCCAGAAGGAUCGAAAUGGAAAUCAGCUGAGAUCGCCCCAGGAGGAAGCGUUGCAGCGAUUGGUCAAUCUCUAUGGACUUCUACAUGGCCUACAGGCGGCUGUGGCCCAGCAGGACACUUUGAUGGAAGCUCGGUUCCCUGAGGGCCCUGAGCGGCGGGAGAAGCUGUCUCGAGCCAACUCUCGGGAUGGGGAUGCUGGCAGAGCCGGGGUUGCCCCCGGGGCUCCUGAAAAGCAGGCCACAGAACUGGCAUUACUGCAGCGGCAACACACGCUGCUGCAGGAGGAGCUGCGGCGCUGCCGGCGGCUAGGCGAAGAGCGGGCCACCGAGGCCGGCAGCCUGGAAGCCCGGCUCCGGGAAAGCGAGCAGGCCCGGGCUCUGCUGGAGCGGGAGGCCGAGGAGGCUCGCAGGCAGCUGGCCGCCUUGGGCCAGACUGAACCGCUCCCAGCGGAGGCCCCCUGGGCCCGCAGGCCUCUGGACCCUCGGCGUCGGAGCCUCCCUGCCGGCGAUGCCCUGUACUUGAGUUUCACCCCCCCACAGCCCAGCCGAGGCCACGAUCGCCUGGAUUUGCCUGUGACUAUUCGCUCUGUCCAUCGACCAUUUGAGGAUCGAGAGAGACAGGAGCUGGGCAGCCCCGAGGAGCGGCUGCAAGAUAGCAGUGACCCUGACACUGGCAGCGAGGAGGAAGGUGGUGGCCGUCUGUCUCCGCCCCAUAGUCCACGAGACUUCACCCGAAUGCAGGACAUCCCGGAAGAGACUGAGAGCCGCGACGGGGAGCCUGUGGCUUCAGAGAGCUAAGGGGGCCCCUCCCCCCUGCCCUGUGCCCCCCUGAAGAACAUUACUGAGGGAGGAAAACCUUGGGGACUCCAAUCUGCCAAUGACAAGGGAACAUUUGAAAGAACUGCUGAUUGUCCUUGCCAGCUCUUGGGAUCCUUGGAUACCUGGGGCCAUUUAGGAAGCUGGGCGAAUUAGGCCAUAGUGCCCCCUGGUGGCAUCCAGAAGCUACACCACAGAUGCCAAUCUUUCAUGCCUUCUUCCCUCUACUUUAGGAAAAUUUAUUUAUUUAUUGUUUAUUAGUUAUGGAGGGAGAGAGGAGAUUUAGAGGACCAGGGACAUGGGAACCAAGCCAUAGGGAUCAGGGGGCCUUGUCCUUUAACACUACUGGGGUUUAUUCAGGCUUAGCCGUGCAACUGCAGGGUUCUAGCCCUGACACCCCUCCCCAGCAACAACCAUCUUUGGGGAGAGGCUGCAGCCACAGGAGCCUAUUGCCCUUCCAGAAGGGCUGUGGGAAGGGCCAUGUCCCUCUCCCACUUCCCUCAGCCUCUUCCUGCUGUUCUCUCUUCUCUCCAUCCUCCAUGGAAACCCCAGGGAGAUAACCUGGCUUCCUAGAGCUGAUGGAAUAGAGGUUGAGGUGGCCAUAAUAGUUUGUUGCUGGGGGAGGGAAAAAAACCCACAGGGACCAGAAUGUUCUUUUGUUGUUGUUAUUUUCUUUUUUGUACCAAAGCCAACUGCACGUGUUUUAUAUUUUUAAGAGAAGAUUGUAGGCAGUUAGAAAUCACAGCCUUCUAUCUCCACAUCUCUGAAGAACUUGAGGGAUGGGGGAACAACGGCUUCUCUCCUCAUCUAUAGUAAUGGGGGAUCUCUUCUGACCUCUUCCCCAGCCAUUUGGAAAAAAAGUUCUAGGGAGAGUCGGGAAAUCUCCACAAAUCCUGACCUCAUCCCCCACCUCAGCAACCAUGACCUGAAACCUCAGUGUGAAUUUUGGGGAUUUUUCAAUGGACCCCCCAGUGCCCACCAGCUCCAGCCGUUUUUCUGCCAAUUUGAUUGUUAAAAAAAAAAAAAAAAAAAAAAAAAAAGGAAAGAAAAAAACACAAAGCAGGGAAAA